UCAGCGAAAUGUCGCGUCUUGGAUUAAUCGUUUUGGGGCUGCUGUCCUUAGUUGUUUUCAUUAAUGGUGCAGCCAUAAGUACUCAUAUUGUAGGUGGCACUGAGGCGGAUAUAGGUAACUAUCCGUACCAGGUGUCGGUGCGUCUGGAGACUUAUAUGUUGCUGCACAUUUGUGGCGGUAGCAUCUACGCUCCUCGAGUGGUCCUAACGGCUGCUCAUUGUAUCAAAGGACGAUUCGCUUCAUACAUCCGCAUCGUGGCCGGUCAGAAUUCCAUUGCUGAUCUGGAGGAGCAGGGUGUGAAAGUUACCAAAUUGAUUUAUCAUACGGGUUAUAAUAAAAAGACCCAUGUGAAUGACGUUGGCUUAAUUAUAACCACUGUGCCACUAACAUACUCCAGCCUCAUACAGCCCAUUGCCUUGGCUGUCGACUCAACCAAGGCGGGCACAUAUGCCAUCGUUAGUGGUUGGGGUAAGCGCACAGAAGAGGAUGAAGCACUUCCAGCCCUACUACGUGCGGUUCAAGUGGAAAUUAUGGACACGAAUACCUGUGGAGCGCAGUAUUCGACCAAGGAUUACACUAUUACGGAAGAAAUGUUGUGUGCUGGCGUUGAGGAGGGAGGCAAGGAUGCUUGCCAAGGAGAUUCGGGAGGACCACUGACUGUAGAUGGCAUUUUAGUUGGUAUCGUGUCCUGGGGCGUUGGCUGUGCCCGCGAAGGUUUUCCCGGAGUGUACACCAGUGUAUUGCCUCACACUGCUUGGAUUGAAGAACAGGCAGCACCAUACCUAUAAACAAUUAACUUCAAUGGGUUGAUUAAUAGCUGCAAUCGAAGAAAGCAAACGAACAAAUUAUUUUACAAAAAAUUAAAUCUACUUUUAUUCGAUAUAAAUAUAUCUACUUGAGCAUUACAA